ACAGAUGUGUCCUGCCUCUCUGGACAGUGACUUUCCCACAGUGUAGUGUGGGGACUGCAGUUGGCACUGUGUGGCCAGGGCUCCGGAAGCUGUUGUCCGAGGGGCAGAGAGGGGCUGGGUCCUGAAGGGUGGGGGACACCAGGGGAGGGUUUCUGGUGGAGGACGGUGACCAGGUGAAGCCCUGAGUGGGCAGGAGGCUGGGAGUGGGAGCUGAAUUGUGCUGGAGUCACAUGGAGUGUGAAUGUUGUGAUUGUCCCAGAGACACCUGGGAAGCAGCUGGAGGGAUGGGCCUGGACCUCAAAGAAGGAUUCUAGGCUCAGGAGAGGGUGGGCUCCAUUGGAGAGACAGGCACAGGCGCUGGAGGAGCAGCCGCGGAGAGGUGAGGAGAUGCCUGGCAGGAAGGCAGGCGGGAUGAGGCCCAAGGCAGCUGGGAGAUCUGGCAGCCAGUGCGGCCAGCGGCGGGAGGGCCGGAAGCCGGGUGUCCUCUGCUCUUUCCAGCCACUCGGCUCAGAAGGAAAACGGAGAAGAGGUGGAGCUGGAGUGGAGCCUCAGGCCCUGUGGUUUGCUGUAUUUGGGGCCCGCUGUCACAGCACUGGGGAGCCUUGGAGAGAGAUGGGGAGCUAGGAUCCCCAGAAGAGUGUGAGAUGGCAGACAGGUUUGCAGAAAACCCUCAGAAAGGGGGCUGGAGGAUUUAGCCACUCUGUCCUCCCCUUCCGGCAGCCCAGGGCCUCCUCCCAAGCACAGCGGCGCUAUGGACUCUCCAGGAUACAACUGCUUCGUGGACAAAGACAAGAUGGACGCUGCCAUCCAGGACCUGGGGCCCAAGGAGCUGAGCUGCACUGAACUGCAGGAACUGAAGCAGCUGGCGCGCCAGGGCUACUGGGCCCAAAGCCACGCCCUGCGGGGAAAGGUGUACCAGCGCCUGAUCCGGGACAUUCCGUGCCGCACGGUCACGCCUGACGCCAGCGUGUACAGCGACAUCGUGGGCAAGAUCGUGGGCAAGCACAGCAGCAGCUGCCUGCCGCUGCCUGAGUUCGUGGACAACACGCAGGUGCCCAGCUACUGCCUGAAUGCGCGCGGUGAGGGGGCCGUGCGCAAGAUCCUCCUGUGUAUCGCCAACCAGUUCCCCGACAUCUCCUUCUGCCCCGCCCUGCCGGCCGUGGUGGCCCUGCUGCUGCACUACAGCAUCGACGAGGCUGAGUGCUUCGAGAAGGCCUGCCGCAUCCUGGCCUGCAAUGACCCCGGCAGGAGGCUGAUCGACCAGAGCUUCCUGGCCUUUGAGUCGUCCUGCAUGACAUUUGGGGACCUGGUGAACAAGUACUGCCAGGCGGCCCACAAGCUGAUGGUGGCCGUGUCGGAGGAUGUCCUGCAGGUCUAUGCGGACUGGCAGCGCUGGCUGUUUGGGGAGCUGCCCCUCUGCUACUUCGCCCGGGUCUUUGACGUCUUCCUGGUGGAGGGCUACAAGGUGCUGUACCGCGUGGCGCUGGCCAUCCUCAAGUUCUUCCACAAAGUGCGGGCCGGGCAGCCGCUGGAGUCGGACAGCGUGAAGCAGGACAUCCGCACGUUCGUCAAAGACAUCGCCAAGACAGUGUCCCCCGAGAAGCUGCUGGAGAAAGCGUUCGCCAUCCGCCUCUUCUCCCGCAAGGAGAUCCAGCUCCUGCAGAUGGCCAAUGAGAAAGCCCUGAAGCAGAAGGGCAUCACCGUGAAGCAGAAGAGUGUGUCACUUUCUAAAAGGCAGUUUGUACACUUGGCGGUCCAUGCAGAGAACUUCCGCUCGGAGAUCGUCAGCGUGAGGGAGAUGAGAGACAUCUGGUCCUGGGUCCCUGAGCGAUUUGCCCUGUGCCAGCCCCUUCUGCUGUUCUCCUCCCUGCAGCAUGGGUACAGCCUGGCCAGGUUCUACUUCCAGUGUGAAGGACAUGAGCCUACCCUCUUGCUCAUCAAGACCACGCAGAAGGAGGUGUGUGGCGCUUACCUGUCCACAGACUGGAGCGAAAGAAAUAAGUUUGGAGGCAAACUGGGCUUCUUUGGGACCGGAGAAUGCUUUGUGUUUAGGCUGCAGCCUGAGGUGCAGCGCUACGAGUGGGUGGUGAUCAAGCACCCCGAGCUGACCAAGCCCCCACCCUUGAUGGCUGCCGAGCCCACCGCCCCACUCAGCCACUCCGCCUCCUCAGACCCUGCUGACCGCCUCUCGCCCUUCCUGGCCGCUCGCCACUUCAACCUGCCCUCCAAGACCGAAUCCAUGUUCAUGGCGGGGGGCAGUGACUGCCUCAUCGUUGGGGGAGGAGGCGGCCAGGCGCUCUACAUCGAUGGGGACCUGAACCGGGGCCGCACAAGCCACUGCGACACCUUCAACAACCAGCCCCUCUGCUCCGAGAACUUCCUCAUUGCUGCCGUGGAGGCCUGGGGCUUCCAGGACCCUGACACCCAGUGACGGCCUGUGCCACGAGCCUGAAGCUUUUGCUGGGCCUCCCUGCGUGUUCCCAUCUGAAGAGGUGGCCCCGGGAGAGGCCCUCAGGGAUCGACUCAGACCAGCAAGCUCCAUUUCCAGGGGUCUGCCCAGAGAAGCCUGGACCCAGGGGGCAUCUCAGCCCCAUUCCCUUCCAGCCCAGGCCUCCUUGAGCUCCUGUAGCGUCUGCAGCUGCCCAUUUCACUUCUUUGUCAUUGCAAUGACCUGGGGCCCAGGGUCACGCCGAAGCCCCUCUUUGUGGCAUGCUCAUCUCAGUGCAGCCCCAGCUGCUUCUCUGCACCAGGCCCUGUGCCCUCCCCUGGCCCUGGCCACACAGCACCUCCUUGGCCACCUUGCAUGGAUGCAUGUCCUCCCUCUGUCCCUCUUGUGGUGCUGUGGCUGGCCACGUGUCAGGGUUUUCUGUGAGCCUCUCACCUUACAGCCUUUGGGCCCCUGGGCCCCUGCCCUGCCUGAGCCCUGUGCUGGCCAGAUGCAGGUAGGUGCCAAGGGAGGCCUUGCCUCUGGGCACUAUAGGGGGCAGCCCGCUGCAUUGUGACCUCCCUCCAUGCCCCAUGACCUCCUUCAACUGGUCUUGAGGGUCUGGGCACCACGGAGGGGAGAAGGGAGACACAGAGGCCCAAGUGGCUAUUCUGGGACCAUGGAAGCCUGGGUCACAGAGGCAGGUACCAGCAGUCCUGCCCCCACCCCCGUCCCUGCUGGCCUCCAGCCAGUGCCACUUGGAGUCCCCUGCACCGUGCCACUGUCCAUCCCUGCACCACUGCCUGCUCCUCCCAUGGGGCUUUAGCCUCCCCUGACCAUCUGCUCACGUAGCCUCUGACUGGGCCCACAGUGGUGAGGAGGAAGGACCGGGAACCCUGUGUUGCUUUGGGCAAGCUGACAAACCCAUCUGCAACUCAGUUUCCCCAACUGUGAAACGGGGCCAGUCCCCACGCCCUGCUGUCCUCCUCACAGGACUGUUGAGAGGCUCGCAAGGGGACAGGGUGAAUCCCUCUCACGGGGAAGGGGAGAGGUAUGGCAGGGAAGUCGCCACUCAUCUCACAGCUCACCGCAGCCCUCCAGGCCCCCGCCUGAGCCCCUGAGGCCCUCGUCUGUACCGCCAGCUUUGAUGUUCAUUAAACAUGGUCUUGCUGCAUCAACUCCAAGGCUCCAAGCCGAGUCUGAUCUCUUCAGCCAGAGGGGCCUCUGGAGGCUUGGUGGGCCUACAGCCCAGCAGGUGUGGGAGGCUGCCGCUGUAGUGCCCACCCACAUUCUGUGACCGGAAUGCUGCAAGCUUCUUCCAGAGGGAGCCUCCAGGAGCAGGGAAGGCAUAUCCGUGGACCAUUUGUAGGUUUCCCUCUGCAAACUUCCUGAACUGGGUGGUGAUUUCUCUGGCCAGUUAAGUCCAGCAGGUUCUGCGUGGCUGCCCCAGGGGGCCGCACCCCGGCCUUCCAGUGAUCUGGACCAGGAAGACGGAUUGCUGCUGGGUCAUGAUUUCCACAUCAUGAGCGAAGUUCUUUGUUUUUUGUGUGCAUGCAAAAUAUUGUUUCUUUAAAUUUAAUAUAUUUUCCUAACUUUUCUACUAACCUAGAAGGUAUGUGUGAUUAUUAUCUUUUUUAUUCUUAUCACUGUACUUGUUAUUAUCUGAUAUUAGGUAUUCCCAAAUAGAACAUAAUUUAUUUUGUUAAUGUUCUCUAUUUCUUCUUGAUUAUUUAUUAGCUUUGGAUGUUAAAAAUUAGCCAAAAGUGGCUGCUCUGUCUAUGAAGUAGCCAUUCUUUGUUUAAAAAAAAAAAAAGCCAACAUUUGAUGAAAUUGCAUAAUAAAUUACCAUUUGUUUUUAGAAAUAUUCAAACAAUUAUUUUUUGAUUAUUAUUAUUAUUUUUUGAGACAGAAUCGCCCAGGCUGGAGUGCAGCGGCGUGAUCUUGGCUCACUGCAACCUCCGCCUCCCGGGUUCAAGCGAUUCUCCUGCCUCAGCCUCCUGAGUAGCUGGAAUUACAGGCAUACGCCACCACGCUCAGCUACAUUUUUUUGUAUUUUUAGUAGAGGCGGGGUUUCACCAUGUUGGUCAGGCUGGUCUUGAACUCCUGACCUCGUGAUCCACCCACCUUGGCCUCCCAAAGUGCUGGGAUUACAGGUGUGAGCCACCAUGCCUAGCCUAUUUUUUGAUUUUUUUGAAUAGACCACUUUGUGCUGAAUAAGUGUUUAACAUUUAUUUUUAAAACAACAAUUGAACCUAAUUUAAAAUAGUUUAUUAACUGAAUUCAUUAAAGCAGAUUAUAUGCCUUUGGGGCUUCAGAAAAUCAGUUUAAACAGAAGAACUUAUGAGAGUAAGUCAUUUGUACUUGAAUUUUUUCAGAGUUUUAAUGAACUAAAGUAUUUUAAUUUUUCUAUUUUUGUAAGCCGUGUACUUCAUUUUUUGAGUUUUUCAGUGGAAUUUGUUUUAAAACAUUUUGAAGAUUUCAGAGGCCUUCAUAUUUCUCUUAUCCACUUUCUGAACCCAUAAAGCCUUUGCAGUCUCCGUGAGUAGUUUAUAUUUAAUAAUUUAGUUGUGUACCUUUUUAUUUUGAAGUAAUUUUUGAUUUGCAGAAGAGUUGCAGAGAUGGUACAGGGUUUCCAUGUACCCUCACCUUCCUCCAUGUCAAUAUCAAAGCAAAGAAAUGAGCAUUGUUGCAUUGCUGUUAACUAAACCACAGGCCUAUUGAGAUUGCCCCGUUUUUGUUUUUGUUUGUUUGUUUGUUUGUUUGUUUUGAGACAGAGUCUCGUUCUGUCGCCCAGGCUGGAGUGCAGUGGCACGAUCUCGGCUCACUGCAAGCCCCGCCUCCCGGGUUCACGCCAUUCUCCUGCCUCAGCCUCCUGAGUAGCUGGGACUACAGGCGCCCGCCACCACGCCCGGCUAAUUUUUUUAUAUUUUUAGUAGAGACAGGGUUUCAUCUUGUUAGCCAGGAUGGUCUCGGUCUCCUGACCUCGUGAUCUGCCCGCCUCAGCCUCCCAAAGUGCUGGGAUUACAGGCGUGAGCCACCGCGCCCGGCCGAGAUUGCCCCGUUUUUUCCCACUGUCCAGGAAUCGAUUUGAUUUUUACAGUUAUUUACUUUGUCACAUUUUACUAAGUCCAGAAUGUCAUCAAACUCACAAAACCACUGGUCAAAAAAACCCAAAUGGCCACUCAUUAGGCAAUAUAGCACCUGCCUCAAAUUUGGGUUCAUAUGGAUUUUUUUUUUCUCCCUUUUUGUGGAGAACAUAGUCUUGCUAUGUUGCCCAGGCUAGUCUUGAACUCCCGGGCUCAAGCGAUCCUCCUGCCUCUGCCUCUCUAAGUUCUGGGAUUGCAGGCGUGAGCCACUGUGCCCAGCUCAUCUGGAUUCUUGCUGGUUUUCUUUGUCAGCCUAAAUGUCUUGUUUGCACGGAGAAAUUAUCAAAUGAAGCAGGAGUGCCAAACAAGCCUCAUAGGCACUUCACCCUACAACAUCUAUGUUAGGUAGAAAAGUAUGUGGAUUUUUUUAAAUAAUCUGGUAUAAAGAGUUUUUAAGAACUAUCUUCAUCAUCUUAGUAUCAGAUUGUGCUUGAGAAGUUAGGUACGAUGUAAUGUGACUUAUUUCUAAAAACAAAAUGCCUCCCACAGUUGCAGACUCACUCAUUUUACCACACUAUGGAAUUUGUCAACACCUUUGCUUGGGACCAAGGAAGCAAAGUCAGUGGAUACCGUGUCCUGUAGACGUGUGACCUGUGAUAAGGCACAGGCAACACGAACCAGCAAAAACAUUGGCAUUUGGUCAAAUGCUUAUGAGCUAAGGAUCGAAGGGAAAAAAUAGUUGUGUGAAUAAUUUUACCUCUUAGUUCUUAUGAAGAUUGGUUAUCGGGCUGGAAAAAUGUUUAUUGGACUGAUGCUUUGGAGCCUCUCAAUGAAUGUAAUAAAAAAAUGUGUAGUGAGCACAAAUGUAUGGAUUUGCAGCACAAUCCAACUUUGAAAAUGUGAAAAUAAGUGAGUUAGUGAUAUGUUUGGUUGGUGUUAAUUUGAGUCCUAAAUAAAAUUGAGAACUGGUAAAAGAA